CGGGUGCCCAGGCAGACGUGAGUGACGGGUGCCCAGGCAGACGACGUACCGCUGUCUCUCCACUGGUAGUCAUCUCUCCCCAUCCUAAAAUAACCCAAAACAGACGACGGAUUCCUAACCGAUCGAUCGCCUGCCCUCGUCCAAAGGGAAAAUACAAAGGGAGGAAAUUUUUAGUCUAGAUCUAGCAAAAUGUCGCCGGUGGAAUCGCCCCGUGAGGAGAAUGUUUACUUGGCCAAGCUGGCUGAGCAGGCGGAGCGGUAUGAGGAGAUGGUAGAGUUCAUGGAAAAGGUGGUGAAGACGAUCAACGGGGAGGAGCUCACUAUCGAGGAGCGCAACCUCCUCUCAGUAGCCUAUAAGAAUGUUAUUGGAGCUCGUCGGGCGUCCUGGCGAAUUAUCUCCUCCAUCGAGCAGAAGGAGGAGAGCCGCGGCAACGAGGACCAUGUUUCUUUGAUAAAAAAUUAUCGAGCCGAGGUCGAAGCAGAACUCAGCAAGAUCUGCUAUGGUAUUCUGAAGCUACUUGAUUCCCACCUCGUCCCCUCCGCCACCAGUGCAGAAUCAAAGGUCUUUUAUCAUAAGAUGAAGGGUGACUACCACAGGUACCUGGCUGAGUUCAAGACUGGAGCAGAGAGGAAAGAAGCAGCUGAAAACACUCUUUUGGCAUACAAAUCUGCACAGGAUAUUGCUUUAGCUGAUUUGGCUCCUACUCAUCCUAUAAGGCUUGGGCUGGCACUGAACUUCUCUGUCUUCUACUAUGAGAUUGUGAACUCACCAGAUCGUGCUUGCAGCCUUGCAAAGCAGGCUUUUGAUGAGGCUAUCUCUGAACUUGAUACUUUGGGAGAAGAAUCAUACAAGGACAGCACCUUGAUAAUGCAGCUUCUUCGAGACAACUUAACACUGUGGACCUCUGAUAUCACGGAGGACGGAGCCGAUGAAAUCAAGGAAGCUACAAAGAAGGAAUCAGGGGAGGGCCAGUAAAAUUAGUUUAUCAGCUAAUAGAACAAAUUCUUCUGCUUCUUGUGUCUUCUUUUGCAUCAUUAAGCAACAAAUACACCCCAAUGGAUUCUUGUUUCUAUUUCAGUGUUUGUUAUUUGUGAUUUUCUACAUGCUUGUUAUUAUGAACGAUCCUAAGAAGAUGUGAUUCUGAAUGGAUUGUUUACGGACUA